CCACCCGCCGUAUAUAUAAAAACUGAGACGGGAGGGACCGAGUAGUAAUAUCGGGCAAGGCCUUAGAGAUAUUACGCAACAACACAGAGAAAGAGAUAGAGAGAUAUCUCAGACAAUGGUAGCUGAGGCCUUGCCCAAGACCCUCGAAGCUGCUCCACUCGUACUUGGACUCCAACCCGCUGCUCUUAUCGAUAACGUCGCUCCCGUUGAUUGGUCUUUACUCGAUCAAAUUCCCGGUGAUCGUGGUGGCUCCAUUUCCGUGCAAAAGGAUGAGUUAGACCACAUACUAAAAGAGCUUAAUACACACAUCAGUGUUGCUCCAUUAAAGAAAAUGGCUGGAGGAAGUGUGACCAAUACAGUUCGGGGCUUGAGUGUUGGGUUCGGUGUAGCCACGGGGAUUAUCGGGGCUUAUGGAGAUGAUGAACAAGGCCAAUUGUUUGCGAGCAAUAUGGGUUUCAGUGGUGUCAGUAUCUCAAGGCUGAGGAAGAAGAAAGGUUCCACUGCUCAGUGUGUUUGCUUGGUUGAUGAAUCUGGUAAUCGAACAAUGCGACCAUGCCUCUCGAGUGCUGUGAAGAUUCAGGCUGGUGAAUUAAGCAAAGAAGACUUCACAGGCUCCAAGUGGUUGGUUCUAAGAUAUGCAGUUCUCAAUUUAGAAGUAAUUCAAGCAGCCAUUCGAUUUGCCAAGCAAGAAGGUCUUUCUGUUUCGUUGGAUUUAGCUAGUUUUGAGAUGGUCCGAAAUUCUAAAUCAGAGCUUCGGAAGCUUCUGGAGUCUGGUAACAUAGAUCUUUGCUUUGCUAACGAGGACGAAGCAGCAGAGCUGAUUAGGGGUGAGCAAGAAGCAGGCCCGGAAGCUGCUCUUGAAUUCCUAAGCAGACAUUGCAGAUGGGCUGUGGUAACUUUAGGGUCUAAAGGGUGCAUUGCAAAACAUAAUAAAGAGGUGGUACACAUACCAGCCAUAGGAGAGUCAAUAGCAACUGAUGCCACAGGAGCGGGUGACCUAUUCGCAAGCGGGUUUCUGUACGGAUUAAUAAAGGGGUUGUCUUUGGCAGAAUGUUGCAAAGUGGGAUCAUGCAGUGGUGGAUCGGUCAUACGUGCUCUCGGAGGAGAAGUAACCCCAGAAAACUGGCAGUGGAUGAACAAACAGUUGCAGUUGAAGGACUUACCAGUUCCUGCCAUUCACAACUGAUGAUCACCAGCAGAUCGUGGGAUUUCAAGCAAUUGCCUACUUGCCUUCUUAUUCAGACUGUCCUUAGUUAUAUGUUGUUCACAAAGAAUCUCACAGCAUUGUAUCUGUACUGAGGUCUCAGUUUAAUUCAAUUGAGAUGUUUGUUUCCAAUUUA